AGUAACAGACGGCUGAAAAUUCGGAGCAGUUCAGUUGUGCGAUGACAAUAGUCUCCCUGUCUUAAACAUUACCGUCAUGGCUUUACCAUUGUUUCCUGGAAACUCUCCAAAUAAACAGCUGGGGAAGGAGAGAUUCCACAAAUCCCAGCAUUUUGACUAUUCCAAUGGCAUUCCAUUGCUGGUGGGAUCGGAGAAGCCAGGCAUUGGAGGAGAGCCUUUAUUUGGCCAGAAGAUUAAACACAAGUACUCUGUCUACCCAAAAGGACAAGGCAGGGCUUUACCAUCAUGGGUCACCUUUGACAAACAGGUGUUGUGUUUUGAAGCAUAUUUUCAGGAAGCUGUGCCUGAGGUGCAGGAUGAGGCGUACAGAAUCAGAAAAUGUAAAAUCUACUUCUACCUGGAGGAUGAUACCAUGCAGGUGGUGGAGCCAGAGUAUAAGAACAGUGGCAUCCUUCAAGGAACGUUGAUCCAUCGCCACCGCAUCCCACUGCCUCCCCCAAACAAUGACCAGUUCUACAACAUUUUCCAUUUCAACAUCAACCAACAGAUGGUGCUGUAUUCUCGCACAUUCACUGUGACCAAUUGUGACACUUUUACAAGGAACUUUCUCACAAAACUUGGGGUGCUCCUGAAUGACCCUGCUGCUGUACCUGAUGACCCCUACAGCAGCCUCCGGAACCAGAUUAAAAAAAAUAUGAAGCCACUUCACCCAUAUGAGAGGCAUGACACACUGAAGCAGUUCCUGGAGCAUGACCGCCAAGUCCUGCGCUUCUACUGCUUCUGGGACAACACGGGAAGCAUGUUUGGGGACCUACGGGAGCUCAUUUUGCACUACUUCCUGGCUGAUGACACCAUAGAGAUCCAAGAGAUUAUCUCCCCAAACUCUGGCAGAGAUCAUGUAUCCAAAUUUCUACACCGCAGCAAACUGCCUAAGACAGGAGCUGUCCAUGAGGACUUUUAUAAGGACUGUGAUCUGACGAUAGGAGGAGAAGUGAACGUGUGGGGCAGGACAGUGAUCCUCACUGACUGUGAUGACUUCACCAAAGACUACUACCGCUCCAAAUAUGGCAUAGAGGACUUCACUCCAGUGCAAUACAAAACUCCGGCAGCACCGCCGCCCCCUAGGCUUGUGCCCCCCUACAAUGGCUUUGGCUCAGAGGAGGACUCGCUAAGCUCUUGCCAAGGCCUGCUGCCCAAGCCCCCACAAAAAGAUUUCCAAAAGUUUAUGGAGAAAGACAGAUGUGGCCUAGAGAGUAAUGUGCUGAACUUCCAUGCUAAGAUGGUGACCACCGAUCCAGUUGACAGAGAGAGGCUGUUCAUCAUCUCUUUCUACCUCUGCGAUGACUCCAUCAGUGUGUUUGAAUGCCCACAGAGGAACUCAGGUGUGAUUGGUGGCAGGUUUCUGGAGCGUGGCCGUGUGAAGAAGCCAGGCCAGGAGCUGUUUAAGCGUGAGCUGUCAGAGUACUUUACAGCUCAGGAUCUGUAUGUAGGAGCUACUGUCUGCCUCAACAGUAAGCACUUCCAGCUUCUGGAUGCUGAUGAAUACACCUUCAACUACAUGGAGCAACGUGAUGAGGAGUUCCCCAAGGCUAACGUGGGCACCAUCCUCAGCAAACUACGCUCCAUUCCAAAGGAGAAGCAGGGCGAGGUCAAGAAGUUUCUCACUUUAAGUGACCCCCAUAACACUGGCUUCAUCCCUUACGAGUCAUUCAGGACCCUACUGAUGGGCCUGGAUUGUGGCCUGUCUGAACAUGAGGUGCUUGUGCUGUGCCGACGUUUCUCAGAGUGCGAGCAGCCUGAGGUGGAUGUGGGCUUGAUGCUGGCUGUGGCCCAGGACCUCCUAAAAAAGAAGCACUUUGACAAGCUCCCUGAGCUGGCCAGAGCCUUCACAUACCACGAUCAACACAAAACCGGGCGUCUCUCCACCAAAGAGACAAGGACCAUCUGUAAGGCCUUCCAGCUCCCCCUGCCUGAGAACCUGCUCAGAGGGCUGCUCAGCAAGUUUUCAGAUGGGGACGAGAUUGACUACCAUGCCUUCCUGGCUGGCAUUAACUGGGUAGAGCACCCUGCCCCCACUGUAAUGCCCGAAGACACCUUAAAGUUUCAUGUGAACAUGAAGUUUGAUGCCGGUGGAGUGAAAAACGUCAACUACUCUACUCUUCUGGGGGAUGUGUUUGACUUUUCCUCCAGCAACAGUGACCCACUAACUACCACCACAACGUAGACGCACAGUGGGAGGUUUACCACAAACACACACACAUACUCAAGUCAUCCCUAAAUUAAAGGACAUGGCACGUCA